UCCGAGAAUUGCGGUUUUCGUUUACAGCAAACGACCUUGUCAAAGAGUUGUUUACUGUGGGUUAAGCGUCAGUGGGCUCUGAGAAUGAUUGCAAUUCUAAACAGCUCAGUAUGAAGAAGCUAAACCCGGACAUUGUAUUUAAUUAUUAAAGAAGUUAAUAUGUGAGGCAGACAGUUCGUAAAUCGUUACAAAUCUCUUUCUUCGCUUUAUUUUCCACAAUCCACAACGUAGGUCUCCUCCACAGAGCUGAUAGCGAGUAAACCCAUGGGGGGCAGGGAGGGCCAUGGCCUCCGAACUCCAUGAGACCAUAUGGAUGGCGAAGCAGGAGAGGCACAAGAACCUGUUUCUGAACUACAGGAACCUCAGCCACUUCCCUCUGGAGCUGCUGAAGGGGGAGGGCCUGCAGUAUCUGGAGAGGCUGUAUAUGAAGAGAAACUCCCUAACCAGCCUGCCAGAAAAUCUAGCCCAGAAGCUACCUAACCUGAUUGAAUUGUACCUUCACUCGAACAACUUUGUCAUUGUGCCAGAAGCUAUAGGCUGUCUAGCUAAGCUGCAAUCCCUGGACCUGAGCGACAAUGCCUUGCAGGUAGUCUGCCCUGAGAUUGGCCGGUUGUGCUGCCUGCGACACCUGAGGCUGGCCAAUAAUCAGCUGAAGUUCCUCCCUGCAGAGAUCGGGGAUCUGAAGCACCUGGAGACCUUGGACAUCUCCACUAACCGGCUGAGCACCCUGCCUGAGAGACUCCACCAGUGCCUUUCCCUGCAGUGCCUGACGCUCGACCGCAACCACCUGCGCUGCUUCCCCAGGCAGCUCUGCCAGCUGCCCAGCCUCACAGAGCUCUCCAUGGCAGGGAACAGCCUGGCUUUCCUACCCCUAGAUCUAGGACGCUCCCGGGAGCUGCAGUAUGUUUUUGUGGACAAUAACAUUCAUCUGAAGGGCCUGCCGUCCUACCUGUACAACAAGGUCAUCGGCUGCAGUGGGUGCGGCUUGUCCUCGCACACCUCAGAUCUGAAGCUGCUUUCCAUAGCCUCAGAAGAGCUGAGUAUUCCCCUCCCGGCCGAGGUGAAGGCUGUCAGCUCAGAGACGGAGAGGGUGGAGCCUCUGGAAGAGCUGACAAUGAGGAUCCUCCACAACAUGUACAGCGACCUCGCCAAAUUUCCAGACUUGAAGUACCUGCCCCCGAUCUCAUUACCCAAGAGCUUGUUGGAGCUGCUGCAGUGCCCUCUGGGACACUGCCAUCGCUGCAGCCAGCCCAUGUUUACCAUUGUCUACCCCAAACUCUUCCCCCUAAGAGAGACACCACUGGUGGGCGUGCACCGCAGGACGACAGUGAGCUUUGUUGCAUAUUGCUGCUCCAGCAAGUGUGUACGCAAGUUCAACCUUCAGAGCUGAUUUAAAUAAGCAACUUAUUGGAAGGACCUUGAUAUAGAAAAAAAAUAAAUAAAACAAUCAAACAAAUCUUAACGGACGUGAAUGCCCUUCACUGCCAUUGACUUCAGAACUGGAAGGAGGAAGACAAGAGCCCCCCCCCCCCCCCCCGGCAUCUCAGAUGUCAUUUCCAAGGUGCCCUGGUGGGACGGCAGAAGAUCCUUGCAGGUUUUUUUUUUUUCUUGGAAAACGAUUAGUUAAGUGAAACCUGAAGUCUCCAACUAUCAGACAUACGGGGCGUCCCAUGUGGGAACUGGGGUAAGCUGCAGAGGUGUGGGGGAGUCCAGCUGAAGAGAGCUACGGUCAAAACUCUGAAAGACCUUGUUUGGGGUGGUUUGUGUAACCAAUAUCUGAAUUUAUCAUCCGUUGUAUGGUGAUUUUAAUUAUUUUUUCCAUUAUAAUAAUAAUUUGUAAAUGUUUGCAGACCCAUAUCAAGAACACGUCCUAUCAGAAUGGUAAAUGGACACUCAUGGACUGAGAGUUACUUGAAAGAUUGAUCAUUUGACACAAGCUUUACUGUUUUUUUUUUCCAGUUAUUACCAGUUUAAUGUUUGUUCUUCAUUUGUGAUUAGUACAAUCUGAUUAAUUUGUGAUUUUCAGAAAAAGACCAUUGCCGCCAGCUGGUCUAAAUCUUAAGUCACUGAAACAGUGGAAUGAUUAAGCUGCAGUUCGAGAAACAUUGCAAAAACCACAAUUAAAAGUCUUGUAGAUCUAAUUUGUUACAGUUUUUAAACCUCAGUCUUUGCUUUAUAAAAAUUCAGGACACAAAUCUGUGAAUGUUCUAUACACCAUGACGUUGCAGAAACUGAGCAAUAAUAUCUCAGUCCUUCAGGGCAUUAAAACAUGUCAAUCGACACAUGGUCUGCAAAAAAGUGUGGGUUACUUAGCAUCUGGUGUUACAUUGCAAUGCAUGCAAAAACUAAAUAGACCGUCAUACUGAGGGAAUUCAGCAAGAACAAUCCGUUCUUGAAUUGGCCCAGUCACCCCUUCGUAGCUUUCGAGGUUGUUUGACAGUUUCUUAGUGCAUUAUUCAUCACAACGUAAUCCUUUUUGUGAGAUAGAGACCAUCUGUUAUCUUAAUGACUGUUAUCUGCAAUUCUCUGGCUGUAGUCUCGCACUAUUGUCUAAAUCCAGCUGCUGUCUGUAAGAUGCAUAUAUGUUGUUUCCAUCAGAAAUGUUCUGGUCGAUAUCCAGAGUGCAGAAAGGAAAGAGGCUGUGUUUUGAUCGUUUUGUAAUAUCUGUUGAGGUGAAAACCUCUGAUUGAUGUUGGGGAGAAGGUGAAGAGUUCUUGGAAAUACAUUCUGGGCUGCAUCCCACCUUGUCAAGAACCGGGAACGAAUUCUAGCAGCUGAGAAAAGUCAAUCCUACAUGUAGCAACACCUGUUUGAUUUCUCCAGCUGCACCACAGGCUUACUGUGUUUGGGUUAACAAUGCUAUUGGUACCUCUCUGCUACUCAAGGGAAGCUGGACGAUGGAGCAGCUCAAACUGGUCCCAGUUGCCUUGUAUUUUCAGUACCUCUCUGUACACACAUGUACAUUUUUCUUGCUGAUUUGUUUAGUCAUUUUUACUCUCGCUAUACCAAGUCCGUAUUUCAGUUAUUUAGUAUGGUGAGAAACUCAUUCCAUCUGUCAUGUCUAAAUAAUAAUAGUAGCAUAUUUACAUUAUUUGGCCACAAGGGGAUGCUAUGCACAAAAAAAAACACCUUAAAGGUGAAGAGAUGUUAGCCUCACUAUUAAAGUGUUUAGCACCUCCCCAGUAAGGACACCAGAAUAAGCACAUUAUUCUUCAGGAAUUCCUGAUGCAUUUAAAAGUAAGCACCUAAUUUAUCCUCUUUUCGUACUGUGCUGGGAGCGCCGAACUAUUACAGUGUGGAGUUAGGGCUCUGGACUCUUGACCGGAGGGUCGUGGGUUCAAAUCCUGGUGGAGAUACUGCUGCUGUACCCUUGAGCAAGGUACUUUACCUAGAUUGCUCCAGUAAAAACCCAACUGUAUAAAUGGGUAAUUGUAUGUAAAAAUAAUGUGAUAUCUUGUAACAAUUGUAAGUCGCCCUGGAUAAGGGUGUCAGCUAAGAAAUAAAUAAUAAUAAUAAUACAA